UAGUACCAGAAAUAGAAAUUUUAUUUAGUUUGUGAUUGGAAGAAGGAGAAGAACUGAUCAUGCGUAUCGCCGUUGCCCUGCUUGCUUGUUUGGCUAUUGCCUCGGCUGAAGUAGCUGGGCCACCUCCGGAUCAUUAUGAACCACAAAGGAUCGUUGGUGGAUCAUUGACUACCAUCAACCAGUAUCCAUUUGGAGUCGCUUUGCUCUACUCUGCAGCCCAGACUACAUUCUGGCAAAGCUGUGGUGGUUCCAUCCUUAACCAGAGAUCAGUAUUGAGCGCUGCUCACUGUACCGUGGGGACCGGCAAUGUCCCUGGCAGAUGGCGCAGUCGUGUAGGCUCUUCCUUUGCAAACAGCGGUGGUGCUGUUCAUCUGACAGCCCAAAUCAUCAAUCAUCCCCAGUACAAUCCUAGUACUGAAAACAACGACAUCACCAUUUUGAGACUUAGCUCUAAUAUCCAGUAUGUUGGUGGCACCGUAGCGCCAUCAAGCAUUGCAGGUGCCAAUUACAAUCUUGGUGAUAACCAGGUCGUGUGGGCCAUCGGAUGGGGACGCAUUUCGAGUGGUGGUGCAGCUUCUGAGCAACUACGUCACGUUCAAAUCUGGACAAUCAACCAGGCGGUCUGCAGUCAACGAUACGGCACUCGUGGUAUCUCUAUUACUGCCAACAUGUUGUGCUCUGGCUGGUUGGACGUCGGCGGCCGUGACCAGUGCCAGGGUGACUCUGGUGGCCCACUGCUGCACAACAACAUCGUUGUUGGUGUCUGCUCUUUUGGACUUGGAUGUGCUGAUCCGUUCUUCCCUGGUGUGAAUGCCCGCGUUUCUACUGCGUCUAACUGGAUUCAGUCUAACGCUUAAGGCGUAUAUAAAUAAAAACAAAAUGACAUGAGCAGAUACCUUG